CUAUCUGACAGAUGCAAGUGGCUUCUUGGGCAUGUGCUUAGACAUGUCACUGGUCUUUAGUGAGGAGAGAGACUACUGCUCCUUGCUGAACACGCCAUCAAAUACUUGCUUUAGUUUUAUAAAUCAAGAUCAUCUUCAUUCCAGAAUGUCAGUGUUCCUCUAUCUGUUUGUCUUGGUAUUUGGGCUUCAGGCUACAAUCCAUUGUGCACCACAUAACAGCUCUGAAGGCAAAGUAACGACCUGUCAUUUGCCCCAACAAAAUGCCACUCUCUAUAAGAUGCCAUCUAUCAAUGCUGACUUUGCAUUCAGUCUGUAUCGGAGGCUCUCUGUGGAGAACCCAGAUUUGAACAUCUUCUUCUCCCCUGUGAGCAUAUCUGUUGCUUUAGCCAUGCUUUCUUUUGGAUCUGGCUCUAGCACCCAAACACAGAUUCUGGAGGUGUUGGGGUUUAACCUCACAGAUACUCCUGUGACAGAAUUACAACAGGGCUUCCAGCAUUUGAUCUGUUCAUUGAAUUUCCCAAAGAAUGAACUGGAAUUGCAGAUGGGAAAUGCAGUUUUCAUUGGGCAGCAGCUGAAACCAUUGGCAAAGUUUUUGGAUGAUGUCAAGACCCUCUAUGAAACUGAAGUCUUUUCUACUGACUUCUCCAAUGUUUCUGCAGCCCAGCACGAGAUCAACAGUUAUGUGGAGAAGCAAACCAAAGGGAAAAUUGUAGGCUUAAUUCAAGGCCUCAAACUGAAUAUUAUCAUGAUUCUAGUGAACUAUAUUCAUUUCAGAGCCCAGUGGGCAAAUCCUUUCCGUGUAUCUAAAACUGAAGAGAGUUCCAACUUCUCAGUGGACAAGAGCACCACAGUACAAGUGCCCAUGAUGCAUCAGCUAGAACAAUACUAUCAUUACGUGGAUAUGGAGCUGAAUUGUACAGUACUUCAAAUGGACUAUAGUGCGAACGCCCUGGCACUUUUUGUCCUUCCAAAAGAGGGACACAUGGAAUGGGUAGAAGCAGCCAUGUCAUCUAAGACACUGAAGAAGUGGAACCAUUUACUGCAGAAAGGAUGGGUUGAAUUGUUUGUUCCAAAGUUUUCCAUUUCUGCCACAUAUGAUCUUGGAAGCACACUUCAGAAGAUGGGCAUGAGGGAUGCCUUUGCUGAAAGUGCUGACUUUCCUGGAAUAACAGAAGACAAUGGUCUAAAACUUUCCUAUGCUUUUCACAAGGCUGUGCUACACAUUGGUGAAGAGGGAACUAAAGAGGGAGCUUCUCCUGAAGUUGGGUCUCUGGAUCAGCAAGAAGUACCUCCUCUUCACUCUGUUAUCCGAUUGGAUAGAACAUUCUUACUGAUGAUUUUGGAGAAAAGAACCAGAAGUGUUCUCUUUUUAGGGAAACUUGUUAACCCAACAAAACAGUAAUUGAGGAAGAGUCCAUUGAGUAUGUACAUAUUAUAAUAGGAAAUAAAUGGAUAGCAAAACUUAAUGUACUUGCUAUGGACUUGGACUUUAUUUCAUUUGUGCAAGUGAUAAAAGUGGACCUACUCAGAAGUACAGUGGCUGUAGAAGCAGCUAAUCCUGUGAUCAAACAUGCAGAUAGUCAAUGAGUGAUUGUUAUCCAAAACUACAAAAAGGAUUGAUGUUAGUAGGUCUUUGUAAAGCUGGUCAUGAGUUAGCUAAGUCUAGAAUUUUUGACUGGGGGUACAAAUGCUUUUGGAUGUAUCUUUUGGACAAUAGUUGCAAUACAGGUCAAGUCUUUGUAUUACACUAUUCCAAUAGUAUGAUCAAUGAACACACAAAUGAAGUAGCUUGUAUAUAUCACAUUCAAAAUAACCUCUGCUCUUUCUACCUGUGAUUUUGGCUACUGCUAGAUAUUUUUUUUAAAAAAAAUAAAACUUCUCUUACUAUACUAUCAAGUCAUAAACUGAGUACUUUCAACUAGGGAUGUAGCUUUUGUGACCUAACAUGUAUUCAACAACAAACCAGGGUGAAAUAAAUUCUUCACACAAGCCCACAUCAUCACUAGCAGAUGCCAUUGUGCUAAUUCAUAAGCUAUUGAUGAAAGAUAGACAAAUCAUUUGCAUCAUAUGCUAUAUUCAUUAUUUUUAUAUUCCUUUUAAAAUAUCUUUCUCCUUUCUCUCAUGGAAAUUUCCUGGUUGUCCUGUUUGGUUUUUUUGUCUGUAGUCCUCAAUAAAAUAGGAUAUUUUGUGUUACCAGAACAUCCUCUGCCUAGGUAUGCCAUACUAUCUUCACCUACCGAAGUAGAUUUAAUCUCAAAUUUAUGUAUUCAAGUACCUUGCAUUAGAAUUUGGAACACAAAUAACAAAUUGAGAAUUAAUUAUGAAGUAGCCAAAUUCUAUCCCACAAUAUUUCACUUACAGAAAAUGAGCAACAAACAUGUAAGUACUAUGUAGGUUUGACUCCAUAUGAAUAUAAAUAAAAUA